CCAUCCUCUUGAGCCGUUUCCCAGACUGCGCCUCCGGUGCAGUGGCGUUGGAUGGCGAUGGCUGUAGGCGAUGAUAACAGGGAAGGGGUUGCCGGUAAUGCCUAGAAUUGCUGUAGCUUUUUCUGUGAGCAGCUGCUGGUGGCUUAUGGGUUAGGAGAAAAUUGUAAUUGCCAGAGAAAGGUUUGCUUUUCUGCAGUGAGCUCCUGAAAAUCCCAUAACAACGAGAUUAAGCUGCCUUUUUCAGCCUCAUCUUUCCAGAUGUCAAGCUUUGCCUGACUGUUCAGUUACUCAUAGUUGAAGGAAGUAUUUUUGUUGAAAGUAGAUAAAAUGGUGACGUUAAUUCACACUUUAGCAGAUCAUAGUGAUGAUGUCAACUACUGUGCCUUCUCAUCAUCGUGCCUGGCUACUUGUUCCUUGGACAAAACAAUUCGUGUUUAUUCUUUAAACAACUUUACUGAGCUUCCGUACUCACCUUUAAAAGGUCAUACAUAUGCUGUCCACUGCUGCUGCUUCUCUCCAUCAGGACACGUUUUAGCUUCAUGUUCAACAGAUGGCACCACCGUGGUUUGGGACACUCGCAAUGGUCAGAUGCUGGCAGUGCUAGAGCAGCCCAGCGGCAGUCCUGUGAGAGUCUGCCGAUUUUCUCCUGAGUCCACAUACUUAGUGUCAGGGGCAGCGGAUGGGAGUGUAGUUCUUUGGAACAUGCAGUCAUUGAAACUGUACAGAUCUGGGAACGUUAAAGAUGGUUCUUUGGUGGCCUGUGCAUUUUCUCCUAAUGGAAAUUUCUUUGUCACUGGAUCUUCGUGUGGUGAUUUAACCAUUUGGGAUGAUAAAAUGAGAUGCCUGUAUAAUGAAAAAGCACAUGAUCUUGGCGUUACCUGCUGUGAUAUUUCUUCACAGCCAAUUUCUGAUGGUGAACAUGGAUUCAGAUACUUCCAGAUGGCUUCUUGUGGUCAAGAUAAUCAGAUCAAACUCUGGCUUAUUUUGUUUGCAGAUUUCUUAGGUGUUGAAUUAAAAUAUAAAUGUACAUUGAACGGACAUUCUGCCCCAGUUCUGGCUUGUGCGUUUUCUUAUGAUGGGCAGAUGUUAGUUUCAGGGUCUGUGGACAAGUGUGUCAUAAUAUAUGAAACUAGUACUGGCAAUACCCUUCAUACUUUGUCUCAGCAUACCAGAUAUGUUACAACUUGUGCUUUUGCACCAUAUAGUCCCUUACUUGCCACAGGUUCAAUGGAUAAAACUGUAAACAUAUGGCAGUUUGACUUUAAGCAACCCUGUGCAGGAAAUACUGUAGAAAAUGACUCUAAGGUGGCUGUUGAGGACUGGUCAGAGGAUGAUGUUUCAGCCUGGCUUUGUGCACAAGACUUAGCAGACUUUGUUGGGCUUUUCAAAAUGAAUAACAUUGAUGGCAAGGAACUACUGAAUCUUACUAAAGAAAGUCUGACUAAUGAAUUAAAAAUUGUGCAAAGAGUGUCAAGAAUAGGGGCCAGAACCUCGUAAUGGAGUCUCCUGAUCCUGCUACAGUGUCAGGGAAUUUUGCUGUCCUGCUUGGUGUAAUAUUCUAGUAGAAGAGCAGUUGAUGCAUACGCUUGGGAAGUGAGAGAGGUGGACUUGAUGCUGCACAGCCUAAGGCACACUGGAAUCCGGACUGCCUGAUGCCUGGGGGCAGUGCUAAACCACUAAGCUGUUAACAGAGGGUUGGACGUGGUGUAAAUAUCACAGCCUUCGCAUCUUGUUUUGUGUAAUGCUACACCAACAGCAGAGUCCUUGUGUUAAGUAUGCUCAGCCUUAUUGGAAUUAGACUUUUGGGGAAAUUAAGCAACAUCUCACUGCCUCCUUACUGAUCUGUGACAAAUUUAGCACUUUACGUCCAUAAUGGUGACAUAAAUAUGACCCUAUGCCAAACUGCAGGGCAAACCUGGUCCAAGGGUGAUGAGUCCUCACACAGGUGCUUUGCUGGUAGGUAGUCAUCUGUUUGGAGGUGAUGGUGGCACUUGUGCACUCUUAUAGCUUCAUACCGUUAUUUAUAUAGUCCAAUUUCAAGGGAGAAACACUGCUAUCUUCCACUCUGUUUUAUCUACAGUUAGCUUUGCACAUGCAGCAAUGUGUGUGAUUCCGUUUUCAUCAGCUAAAACGCUGUCCUGCCAGGUAGCCAUGUCUUUGCAGCACUGUUGCACUUGUACUUGUUUUACUGUUUGUUUUCAUUACUCCACAAAGUUAUUGUUAGCCAGCAAGAGCAACAUGCUGUAGUUGAGCUGUUUGUAGUGGUGGCCAGGGGUGUCUGCAGAUUUUUCUGUGUUAGGUGGGGUGGCGAGAUGGAGCUGUGUCUCCUGUAACACAACUGCUGAUUAAUGCAAGACCUAACCUGUUUGCCUUACAUGUCUGUGUUGUCCACUUAUGUACGAAUAACUUUUCAGAGUCUCUAGGCCUGCGCAGUAAAGUCCUCCAGAAAAUUGAAGAACUGAGGAUGAAAAUGGUCUCUG